AUGCUAGAUGAAUGCUCACCACUUGUUCCUAACACUUCAACUCCUUUCAAUGGCUCUAUGACUAGUGAUGACUGCGACUCAAAAAUCCCCCAAGACCACCUCCCACUCCAUGCACAUACAAAACGUCUCUUAACAAGUCGACAUGUAUCAAUGAUAUCAAUUGGUGGCAUAAUAGGUACGGGCUUAUUUAUGGGUAUAAGGCAAACUCUUCCCAAUGGCCCCAUUAUAAGUCUUGCGUCCUACAUAUACAUAGCCACACUUUGUUUCUAUAUAAUUCAAGCAGUUGCUGAGAUGGCAUGUUAUAUGCCUGUGAAUGGCUCACUAUGCCAGUUCCAAUUCAAAUUUAUUUCCAACCCUAUUGGCGUUAUGAAUAAUUUUGUUUACUGGCUUAGCUGGUCAAUCACUUUGGCGUUGGAGUUGUCUUUGAUUUAUGAAGUGUUGACCUUUUGGAGCGACGAUGCGUCUAGUGGGGGAAAUUUUAAGAGAUUGAUUCUGCUCGUGUUGGAAAAUAAGCCUUUAGUGAUUUUAUUUAUUUGGUGCAUGUUAACAGGAGCCAAUUUGCUUCCGGUAAACUACUAUGGAGAGAUUGAGUUCUUUGUCACUAGUGUUAAAGUUGGAUUCAUCAUCAGUUGGAUCUGUUUGAGCAUUGCAUUGAUAUUGCAAAAAGGCAAUGGGUUUCGAUAUUGGAACAAAGAAUUGGUUUGGGGAGUAGAUACAAUCGAUGUUGUGAAAAACCCUUUGGGGAACAAGAUCAUCAAUAUACUUUCAUCGUCGCUUGUAUCAUCAUGUUUUACUUUCCAGUCAAUCGAGUCUGUAGCAUUAUGUUCUGGCGAGAUCCACAACAUUCAUUAUACAUUGCCCAAAUCAAUCAAGUAUAUCGUACUGCGGAUUGUUAUUUUCUAUAUUUUGACAUUAUUUCUUUUGACGUUGAUGAUUCCAAGCAAUGACCAGGCUUUACUUGGAAAAGAUGACCAAAUCUUUUCGUCGCCUUUCUUAAUUGGAUUGAUUAAUUGCGGCAUGAAUCUGGGCAUCGUAUUGUCCAUCUUUAAUCUUGUUAUACUUGUGUCUAUGCUUUCUGCUGCAAAUUCAAACAUUUACUUUGGGUCAAGAUGUUUACUAUCAAUGGUUGAGGAAGGCUAUUUUUGGUCUAUAUUUGGCAAGACCGUAUAUAAAGGCGUACCGGUAUACUCCAUACUUUUAACAUCGAGUAUCGGAUUAUUAUCACUUGUCUCCGAACUAAAGGGAAUAAAUACCUUCUACAAACUACUUAUAAAUCUAUCGGCCACUGCUGGUUUGUUAAUGUGGCUAUUUAUCCUGAUCAGCUACCUAAGGUUUAGGAAAUCUUUGGAGAGAAAUGGAGAGUCCUAUCAAAGUUUAGUAUACAAGUCACCAUUUCCAAUGGUCCCAUUAAGCAAAUGGGCUAUUUCUAGUAUAUGUGUGAUCAUACUAAGCAAUGGCAUGGUCAACUUUUGGAAUUUUCAGUGGGACUCGUUUCUAAGUUGUUAUUUGACACUGAUUAUAGUCGUUAUAGGCAGUGUGCUUCUUAGUAUAAAAUGGCAUCAGCCAUUAUUUAAGUCUCUUUGA